AUGCAAAGCCACUGUCUAGCAAAGACCUUAAGUUGUUCAGAUACAAAGGCUGGCGUACCUGUCGACUCUGGUUUUCUCAUUGCUAAUUCAAGUGACUUAGUCCAGAGUGUAUCGAGUAUUCACGAAACUGAUGAUAGCAAGGAUAUCGAAGCGCGAGUGCCUGUUUUGGAAAAAUCUGCCCUCGACCAUUACAACGCACACGUGGAAGAGUUAGGAAGACAUCAACUUCUUGAAAAUGCCUUGAAGACUUCCGAGAUGGAAGCAUUCUACAAAUUUUGCGUGGAGUAUAAUAGCGAUACGAAGAACAAAGAUAAACUCUCGUUGAUCGAGCCACUAUCAAAGAUAUACAAAGACAGUUUCUCGCUCAAAAAGCUAUAUCACUUGUCGAUGGCGGAAGAUCAUGAUCAAGAAAUAAUAAGGAUGUUGAUAAAUGAACAAUUGGACACUUUGGUGAAAGAAGAGUUUUCUCUCAAACAAGUUUUCGAUCUUCUGGAAUUUGACGACAGUCUUGCCACAGUCGUACGUAACGGAAAGUAUGACUAUUUCUUUCAAUUCUGGAUGUCGCGCGCCUCUCAUGAACUUACAGAUAAGAGCUUGGUCGACGAUUUUGUAUGGGGCAAAUUUAUUGAAUUUCUGACGAAACAUUUUGGUGGAGACGGUAUAUUACUUUGGGGAAUAGAGCAGAACCCAGAAUUGAGCUCCCUGAGAGAGCAUUUGUUUGAAAUAUGGGAUAAAUUACCAUUGGAUGCAGUGUGGGACAGACUGCGUUUUGGCGACAUUGCUUAUUUAGAAAUUCUCAGCGGUAGACUGGCGAUGUUUCAUAAGCAUGCAGUUAAAUCUUCUCCAACCGCGACUAUAAAAAAGUUUAUACAGACUUACGGAGAAGAGAAAGUGACUGAGUCUAUAGCAACUGCGAGUUUAGUUUACUCUAACUCAUUUGCGUCGACACUGCACCGUGAACGACUCGACUUGUGGAAAGCGGAAGGGUAUUCUGUAAAGACAGUUUUCGACGUGUUAAAAUUCCACAAUGAUGACGAAGAAUAUCUCGUGAUUUACAAAUUGGAGACUUUAACCAAUUACAUCUGGUCAAUCUCUAACGAGGCCAAAGUGGCGGCGACACAUGAGAUAGAAAACCUCGCAAGCUCGACCUCAAAGGCAUUAACAACAACAAGUUGA